CUUCCUGGGGGCGGGUCAUCCACAACAGAGCGGGUCUGUGGAGCUGACGUGACCGAGGGACAGAGCCCGAGUGUUGUUUUGAAUUCAGCACAAGACACCGACAGGAGGAGGUGGGGGGUACGGUCUGUGGAUAAGAUGGCGGAUGUAGAAGGCGAUGAAACUCGGUCGGCUCAGCCUUCGGCAUCCCGCAACGGUCCGGCUGCCGGUUCCUCGGCCGCGGCGACGUCGGCGGCGGGCACCGCGGGCCAGACCGCCACCACGGUAACGUCGGGUCCGCGCUCGGUGAGGAUCGUCAAGUCGGAGUCCGGGUACGGGUUCAACGUUCGCGGUCAAGUCAGCGAAGGAGGGCAGCUCCGGAGCAUCAACGGGGAACUGUACGCGCCUCUGCAGCAUGUCAGCGCCGUCCUGCCCGGAGGAGCGGCGGACCGAGCCGGGAUAGCUAAGGGUGACCGAAUCCUGGAAGUUAAUGGGGUGAGUGUGGAAGGGGCCACCCACAAGCAGGUCGUGGACCUGAUCCGUGCAGGGGAGAAGGAGCUGGUUCUAGCUGUGCUCUCCGUUCCACCUCAGGAGGGCGAUGGGUUGGAAGGAGGAGAGGAAGUCCAACUAAACUAUGACUACAGCGACAAGCAGGCUGUGCCCAUUUCCGUUCCCACGUACAAACAUGUUGAGCAGCACUCGGAGAGGUUUGUGGUGUACAAUGUGUACAUGUCCGGUAGGCAGCUGUGCUCAAAGCGCUACCGGGAGUUCGCCAUCUUGAAUCAGAACCUAAAGAGAGAGUAUUCCAACUUCAACUUCCCAAAGAUUCCAGGGAAAUGGCCCUUCUCCCUUUCUGAACAGCAGCUGGAUGCUCGGCGUAGAGGCCUGGAGGAAUAUCUCGAGCGAGUUUGCUCUGUACGGGUGAUCGGGGAGAGUGACAUCAUGCAGGAGUUUCUCUCUGAAUCAGACGAGAACUACAAUGGAGUGACAGAUGUAGAGCUGCGGAUAGCCCUGCCAGACAAGACCACCAUCUCCGUCAGAGUCCGCAAGAACAGCACCACGGACCAGGUGUACCAGGCGUUAGUGUUGAAGGUUGGAAUGGACAGUAUUAUGGCGAGCUACUUCGCCCUUUUUGAGGUCAUCAACCAUUCCUUUGUACGGAAGCUUGCGCCCAACGAGUUUCCCCACAAGCUUUAUGUGCAGAACUACACGUCGGCGGUGCCGGGGACUUGUUUGGCGCUCCGCAAGUGGUUGUUCAGCUUCCAGGAGGAGGAGUUACUGAGAGACAAUCCGCUGGCACUGCACUACUGCUUUCACCAGGCAUUGGACGAUGUGAAGAAGGGAUUCAUAAAAACAGAGGACAAAUCCUACCAGCUGCAGAAACUGGCAGAGCAGCGCAAGAUGGCCACGUACCUGAGCCUGUUGCGGACAUGUGAGGGCUACAACGAGGUGGCGUUCCCACACUGCUCCUGUGACUCCAGGAGGAAGGGACAUGUCAUCACAGCCAUCAGCAUCCAUCACUUCAAGCUGCACGCCUGCACAGAGGACGGCACGCUGGAGAACCAGGUGAUAGCGUUUGAGUGGGGGGAGAUGCAGCGCUGGGACACUGACGAGGAGGGGAUGGCUUUCUGCUUCGAGUACGCCAGAGGAGAAAAGAAACCCCGCUGGGUCAAGAUCUUCACUCCAUAUUUUAACUACAUGCACGAGUGCUUUGAGCGGGUCUUUUGUGAGCUGAAGUGGAGGAAACAGGUUGAGGAAGAGGCAUCUGACAAAGAUAACAAAAACUGCAGUAACACUGAGAUUCUGCCUCCUCUGGAGACGCAGCAAAAGGGAUGGCGCCACCUAGGGGGGGAGAUUGCAACUUCCUAAAACCAUCGGUCACCACACAAACUAGAACUGGUCCACUUGCAUCAUUACAGCCACCCCUGAGCGCGCCCAUCAACAAACACAGGACUGAGUGACGGACUGGAAAUCUGGAAGUGACGAAUGUGGGAAAUUGGAACAGUCACACGUAACCGAACCCAGGGAUACACACAGCAAGAAGAGCAAUGGAAGUUAACAAAAGACAGCUUUCAUGUCAUUUACUAGAUCUCCAUAGUGUGUCUGUUGUUUUCCUCCAUACCAUCUCCCUGAGAUGUGGCAGGACACAAGCAAAAUUCUCGCCUGCGGUUGAGAUCUAACACAUACGUACAGUGUGUGUGACGUACGUUUGCUCAAAGCAACGUGGCGAAGGAGCCGAGGACGCCUGGGGGGUGGGGAUCCCAACGCCCGGGUCUUCCACCUGGAGAGACUCCGCCUGAGGCCCCUCGACGUAGCCGCUGUCUGCUGAUGAACCGAGCUGUGUCGACGGAGGAGAAAACAAUAAGGGAGCGAUACAGACAAACAGGGUUUUCACUUCUGUCAGUUAGUGACAAAAAAGGCAAAGUCGUGCUUUCACACUGAUGCUGGACAUUAACACAAAAAUGGUGUUUUCUAUCCGUGAGGUCAGAAGUAUUCUGUCUUUGUCCGGAAACAUCCGCGACACAAAUGUAACUAAAACAACUAAACAAAAACCGAAGGGAGGGAACACGUUUUUAAUUCUGUGUUUGGUUAACAAUCUGAUAGAUUAAUGUAAGACCUCUAAUAAUUGGUUUAUUGACUUAACACAAUGAAACACUAACUGAAUUGCAUUCGAGCCGCUCUUUCUAAUCUCCAUUCGUCGCGUCUUCUUGUCUAACCUUCAUUACUUGAAAACCACGUCAACCAUUAUUGUCAGUAUGCGUAUUCACCCCCGCUCGCAAGUGUUUUAUUGUGGUGAUUUUAGCGCAGUUGAGAGGAAAAGGCUUUCUCCUUCUCGGCUCUGUGCAAGAGUGAUGUCUUGAACAAAAAGGGUUGGUGGGCCAAAGCUUUGAUGAUGUUGUAAUGUCACAUGUUCUGCACAAGCAAUCUGGCCGACAGAAUAUGAAUACAGGUGCGGGGGGAUGGAGAGGUUUUGAGUUUGUGAGCUGCUGUUCUCCUGAACGUACAGAAGGGGGCAGCAGAGUGUAAGCAAAUGUAGAUGUGAGUCUUUGAAGAAGUAGAAAUCUUAUGAAGUGCUCCCUCGGGCUCUGUAACUCACCCAAAAGUAUUCCCCCGCUGCAGUUUGUCCAUUAACCACGUCAGGAGGACAGAUGGUGGAUGUGUGUCUGUGUGUGUCUGUGUGUGUGUGUGUGUGUGUGUGUGUGUGUUGAACUGAGCGUAGAUGGUGCAUGAAGUUGUGCGACUGCAACCAUGGCCAUCAGCAUACAGAGCAUCGCAGGCAUCGGUCUGCCUCUUAAAAAUUGUAACAGUAUUAGCCGUUUGUGCAUAUGAAAUGAUUAUAUGACACUUGUAUGAUUUACACAGAUUGAUUUCGAUUCUGAGAUGUCGUUUUAUUUUGUUUUUCUUCACAAAAUCAAAGGUUUAUUUGUGUUUUUAAAUUUUUCCGGGGAACUAGCAUCCGAACAGAGACGAUGUGCGCAGAGUUCUCCUGCGAUACGAGUUUUGUAAUUCCAUUACUGACUCGCUCUUCUCCCUCACUCAACCUUCUGGCAGCAACCGAAAAAACCUUAAACUGAGAGCGAUGCUUUUAUGGAAUCAGGCUGAAUUGUAGAUCAGGUUCAACUUUAUCGGCCUCUUGUUUCGCCCAGUCGAGCUUUAAUCUUCUGGUUUGAUAAAAACGUCUUUUUCAUGUCAAGGUUUAGUCACAAUUUGCUUUUCAGUCCCUCAUCUUGGAGUAGGCUUGUGUGUGUCUGUGUGUGUCUGUGUGUGUGUGUGGCCGCUGUGUUUUGUGUCCUCUAUGUCUAUCAAUGACAUUGCUGAUAAGCUUUCAAGCUCUGAUUGGACGUGUCUGAUGAGCUGUCGGUGUGGGAGCCAGUAAAUGAAGAUGAGGUUUUUCUAUCUAUGCGAGAGUGGAGAUGCCAGACAGAUGGAGACAAAUAGGAGGCGUCUCCUAUUGUCAAGCUCGGAUUCACUGACACACAAACACACACACGUCCCUGUUGCCCUGCUGCUCCGUGUUUUUUUCUUCGGUUUGAGAAAAUUGCUAAAUGCAGGCAGGCGCCGGUUACACAGCAGCCUAUAGCAAUACAUGUAUGUCCCAAACUGUGGCAGAAUGAUGUAUGUUUUACACUCAGCCCAGAGACGGCUGGAUUGAGAGGGACACAGCAAUGUGCAAAUUGCUGGAUGGUCAUUUUGACAGCUCAAGUAAUGGCCAAUUUAGAGAUGGAUGACGAGAAUUAAAGCUGUUCAACCAUGAGUUUUUUUUUUUCCUUUUCUAAGCUGUAGAGGGAGAGUCGGUUAGAUUGUGUUGGGUUGUGUGUCUGUGUGUGUGUGUUGGUCUGUCCUGUACUCUGCUCUUACUCCAGGUUGGUCUCCUCGUCAUCACAGGGGGAUGUGGUUGCCGUGGCAGCACCACGUUGGCUCAACACACCCGGUGUUCCUUUUAUUCCCGUCAGCCGACUGACUCACUCCUCUCGACCAAUGUAUUCUAAACAGUGUUUUUUGUUUUUUUCAACCGUUUGAUAUUUGUUGUACGUCCCCGUGGCUCGUGCUGCUGUGAAUAAGCGUUUAGAAAACUGCUGUUUUAAAAAAAUAUGAAUUUUGUGUUUCUCCGUCUCGUCCACGCCAGGUGCCAUCCUCCGCUAUUGUCAGUUGUCGUCUGUCUCGGGGCCAUCAGUGAGAUAAAUGUCAUGAUAACGGUUUUUCAGUUGAAAGCAGAGAGAUGACAGGAAUGUUAAGAAGCUCGUCUUUGUGCGGUCGGCCCGUGUUUGAUAGUACUUGUUCGUCAGUGUGCACUGUGUUGUGGGCCGCCUGUGUUUCGUGUCUGAAAUGCUGGACAGGCCCGAGCUCACAAGAGAAAGAUUAUUUAUGGAAAAGUGAUUGAACUUUAGAGAUAUAAAGAAUGUGUCACGGUAAAACAUGUCACUUUGUGUGAGGACUGCACAUGGAACUCAGAAACUUUUGUGUUCGUCAAAACCCGCUGUUGAAAUGCCGAAGUCGAAAAUGAUGCAGUUGUUAUGGAAAGUUUUUCCGAGUCUCAUGUGCCAAAUCAUCACUGAUCUCCACCCAGCCUCAUUCAGCUGCAGAUAACGUACCAGAUCUUUUAUGAUAUUUCAAGAAAAAAGCAUUUCACAGGGCUCUCGGGCUCCAGAGUGAGAAGCUGCGUCCUCGCUUUCGACAGCGACCUUGUCAGUCAGAGCUGCCACGUCAGUCUCAUCAACAGCGCUUGUGUGUAGACUCGAUGUUUGUCGACCUUUGGAACCCACGUCCAGAUCGGGGGGGGCAUCGGCUUCUACUUUCAUCUGACGUGCCCUGCCGAUUACUAAAAAUGAAAGGUUGGAUAUAAGUGCUGUUUGAAAAGUGUUAACCUUGUAUGUAAUUACUUUCUGUCCAUUGCUUUGAAACAGGGCUUUUCCAUGACGCGUAGGCAUCAGUUAAAAAAACCUAAAGUCUUGUUUGUCUGUCUUCGGCAUAACCUGUAAAUAGCUGUUUUAAAAAAAAGAGAAAAGUUAAAAACGAUAUCCUUUUGGACAAAAUGCACUGUUGUUUCUCCAACUCAAAACUUUUUAUUUAUUUAAGCAGAAAUUUUAAAUAUUGGGAAAAUUUUAGUGAACAAUGCUCGAGCCACCGUCGAAUCAUUAAUUUAGUGUGUGGGCCACAGAUGGAGGAUUAGCUAACCACACAGUGUAACGAGCUGAUUACUAAGACGUCGAUUAACACCUGAUGCUGAACUACGCUACAACAUGGAGAGUUUUAUAUCUUAAAAAAACACACACACAAAGGUUUACUAACCAAUAUAAGGAAAAGGACAAAAAGAUUUGAAAAUGUUGUGUAGAGUAAUAAAUUGUAACAAUAUUUUAAAUAAAGUUAUAUAUUGGGGAAUUGC